CGUCUAGAAAAUCCCCAUAGGACACGUCAGUGCGACAACAUUCGAGAAAAAAAAAACAAGCAAAAUCAGUGCGAAAUAUGAUAAAAAAAAACGGUGUAGCGUCUGCAGAGAGUGCGCGUCCUUUUAAAAAUAGUCUCCCCUCUUCCAGACGGACGCGAGCCAGACAAGAAUAGCUCGGAGACCUUGCCAGAACACAGCUGUGGACCGAAAUUGAGGCUAGUUCGUUCCUACGAUGCCCCGGUACCGAUAAUUGACACAUUUGACUUCUCUGGACCAGAAAUUACUCAAAAAACGUCCAUACAGGCCAUAACCAGCCUUUAUAAGCAACCACAAUAUAGUAAUCGAGAAAAGUGAGCUAACUAAAUAUCCAGAACCAUGGAUCCCGAAUCGUUCCUGGACAUCGCCAACCAGGUGGUAAAAUUGAAAAUGUUUCCAUAUUUUGACAUAGCCCACUGUGCCUUGUGUGCACUAUCUGUCAGGGAAGAUCUAGGAACAGGAGCUCAAGCUUUUUCAAGAAAACACCCACUCUCAUGCUGGCUGUCCUACAUGCUGGUAGUCUUUGCCGGCGGUAUGGUAGCCAAUGGGCUACUGGCAGAGCCGAUUUUAGCCCCACUCAAAAAUACUCCUCAAGUGUUAGUAGCGACAGCAGUUUGGUAUGUUGUUUUCUACAGUCCACUGGAUCUGGGCUACAAGCUGGCCAAGUUUCUUCCAGUCAAAAUAGUGUUUUCCGCCAUGAAAGAGAUAUACAGGUGCAAAAAAGUAUAUGACGGAGUUACUCACGCUGCUAAACUAUAUCCGAACGCUCACUUGAUCAUGAUCAUCAUUGGAACGCUGAAAGGCAACGGUGCCGGCUUCACCAGGCUCAUGGAACGGCUCAUCAGAGGCGUUUGGACACCUACAGCUAUGGAGUUUAUGCAACCCACAUUCUACACCAAGGCCUCGCUGGUUGCCUCCAUCAUCUUUAUCCUCGACAAAAAGACCGAACUUAUCUCAGCCCCUCACGCCUUGGUCUACUUCGGCAUCGUCAUCUUCUUCGUCUACUUCAAGCUGUCCUCCAUCAUCCUGGGCAUUCACGACCCCUUCAUCCCCUUCGAGAACCUCAUGUGCGCCUUGUUCUUCGGCGGCGUUUGGGACAGUUUGGCCAAAAUAUUCGGCAGGGGCCAGAUCAAGGAGGGCGAGUCCAAGGAUGUAAAGAAAACAAACUAGAAAGAAGAACACAUAUCGUGAUGACACUGAAUGGUAGAUGUGAUGAAGUGCGGAUCAUCAGAUUUAUCAUUCCACAAAGCCUUGAAUAAUUUCAACUUGUGAAGACUCAAAUAUUGUACCAAAUUUUACCAAAUGUUUAUAAUAAAUUGUUAUUCGAAAACCUU